UUUAAUCCCGCCCCCGUUGCCUGCGGAGAAAGAAAAAGAGGAAGCAAAACGGGCCUGCGCCACCAGGUUGAGAGCAACAAGCCGGAAAUGCAGAACGCUGAUUCUGAGCUCUCGCCCGGGCUCGGCACGGGGCAAACCGCCUUCAGCAGGGAAAGAACAAGCGCCUGCUGUCCCAACUGCUCGAGCUCUUCCAGGAUGGGCUCAGCCUGGCGCUCUCCCUGCUGAUGGUGUACUUUCUUCACAUCGAAUCUGGAUCGGUGGUGGGUUUUCCAGAUAUAGCCUAGUGACUUAGCUCCGUUAUCCAGCCAGAUGAACCACUGGCUCGAACAAAUGGCAUGAGCCCAGGACUGCCAACCCCUGAAGGUGGCCGCCAUGCUGCUACCAGGACCAUUGCCUUGGGGGAGGCUGUGCCGUUGGUCCAGCCCAUUUCUGCGAUUCCUUGCCUUGACGGUGGUGACGUUUGGCGUGCUGGCUCCCCUGGCUUGCCAGCAGCUCCUUCACUCUUAUUUCUACAUGCGCCGCUGGUACCUGAGUCCAAUGAGCCAAGACUUCCUCAGACAGAACCAGGAGGAUGGCUUGAGCGCCCUCCGUUACUUUGAGAGACUGCCUGCUCCAAACUCCUCGGAACAGUUGGCCAGUGGGGUCUCCCGGCCAUGGCUGUUGAUUACAAUCAUCACGGUGAAGAGGCGUCCUGAGUUCCACUAUGUCCUUCAGGUGGCGUCUCGCUUCCACCUCCUCCUCCAGGAAUGCGGCCCUCCUUGCCGGCACCACCAGCUCUUGCUCUGCAACGUGGAAGCCGAUCCCAGCAGGCACUGGGAUGCCAAGCAGCUUGCUGGCUUCUUUGCCGUGGUGAAUCGCUAUGGCAGCGGCGAGAAGCUGGAGCUGUCGCUGAACCAGUUUGAAAAGGAGAAGCAGGAUUAUGUCUACUGCCUUGAGAAGUCGCUCCAGGCUUAUGACCCGGAAUAUGUGCUGCUGGUCGAAGAUGAUGCUGUCCCCGAGGAGGAGAUCUUCUCAGUGCUGCAUCACCUGUUGCAGGUGCGGUUCACCAAGCCCCAUCUCCGCAAUGCCCUCUAUGUGAAACUCUACCAUCCAGAGAGACUGCAGCAUUAUAUCAACCCAGAACCUAUGAGGAUCCUAGAGUGGCUUGGAAUAGGCAUGUUUUGGGGUUCGCUUUUGGGUUUUGUGUAUGCCUGGGUGUCCAGCCGCUCCAGCCUCACUUGGCCCAUUGUGCUGUUUUUUGCCCUGUAUAGCAUGCUGUUGGUAGAAUUGGUGGGGCGCCAUUACCUCCUGGAGCUUCGCCGCUUGGCACCUCCACUCUAUAAUAUCGUGCCUGUGACAGAGUGCUGCACCCCAGCCAUGCUAUUCUCUGCCCCUUCUGCCCGCCGCACAUUGGGUUACCUGAAGGAGCUCCGCUGUCGGCCUGGCUUUGCCAAAGACAUCGCCCUUUACUCGCUACUGCGUGCCAAGGGCGAGCAGGCCUUUGUGGUGGAGCCCAAUCUAGUCAGGCAUGUGGGGAUGUUUUCUAGUGUCAGGACAAAUGACAAUCCAAAGCUACUUUGACUCCUCAUGGUUUUUUAAGAGCUGAACUGGAGGAACCAGUAGCCCCAGUGUGACAUCCAUUGCUGGGCUGUGACCACUGCAGAUUGCCCUGUUGAGGGUUGAAUGCUUCACCUUUUUCCCCCCUGAGAUGCUUAUUUUCUGUGGGUUGGGAUUGCGUACGGUAUGUGUAGGGCAGCAGUGGGCAACCUCCGGCCUGUGCUCCUAAUUAAGCCUCCGUGUCUCCUCAUUUGGCCCACAUGUGACUUGCCUCAUAUAUGAGGUGUGGGGCAAGUAAAGACAUGUCUGGGCCAGCAAGGGGUUUGUGCUGAUAAGCUACUGAUAAGUAGCACAUGUAAACCUUGUGCAUAGCACCAAUCAGCUGAUUGGUGAUGCUUGCAGAGACCUGUUCAGGGCACUUUGAAGCCCCAACGAUCAGCAGAUUGUCAGGGCUUCAAAGCACCACCCACCAAAUGAGGUCAUUGUGACAUCAGGUGGGUAGCCCUACCCACCUAACAACUUGGCCUGUGGGGGGAGAUAAGGAUCCGACUCACCAGCUGGAUCCAAUUCCCUAUCCCUGGUAUGUGUGUGCGUGGAAGAUGUUCAGUACCACAAGGGGAAUCUGAAAUAGUGUAAUCCAGCAAUAGCGGUAUCACAUGGAGCCUCCGCUCAUUACUUGUUGGUCUUAUGGAUAAAGAAUAAGGGUUCACAAGGCUCUGCAUUCAGAUAGAGAUAUCAGAGGUGCUUUUUUUAAAAAAAUAUUUAAAAUAGUUUUAUAUAUAAAAUAAACUAUUUUUAAGAGCCACUCUCCUUUCAUUGUGAGGGGCUAGUUGUCUUUUUAGAAGAUAAAACUAUUUUAUAACUGCCUUAGCCUACGUCAGAAACGAGGUAGUCAAGAGGGUGGGGUUAUCAUUGCCCUGACAUCUGCUUUUUGUUUGUUUCCUCAAAUGUCUCACCCAGCAGCAGUAUCUACAUUGCUUUCACUUGGAGCCAGUUUGUGUGCUUUUGCCAGUGUGGCAUGGUCCUCUCACAGGAAUGCACUUGAGAGAAAUGCUGUAUUCAGAUGGUACGGUCUCCUUAUACAAGGAAAGCCUUCACUUUGGCAAGAAGGCUAGGUUGGCCCAAUGGCCUGAGAUGGAUAGGCCAGCUGAUGUUUGUCCCCUUUCUCUCCAAUCUUUGUCUGAGUGCACGCCAUAACUUAAAAGCACAUUCCUUACAAGAAGCACAAGUGCCUUAUCUAGACAACAUGCACAGUUUCUGAGAAGCAUUUGCAAGCUUCCUUUGCACUCUGACAAUCUGUAGAACGACAAGCUUUUUUCCCUGCCUGUGCUUUUCUUUUUCUGACAGAAUAACCACAAACAUAAAAUGCACAUUGUUUUUCUUAAAGGAGAGCUCAUCUGCAACUCAACAUGUUUAUUUUUUUAUUUUUUAAAAAAAUAAAAUAAAAGCAAAAAUAAACAGGGAUGGAUGGUGACAGAAAGUAACAUGGCAAACAGUCCAAAAGCAGAUUAUGAGUCUCAGAUUUCUCUUAACGUUUGAUGACAGGCGAUGCUCCCUUUCAUGUUCAGAGGUAUACAAAUACAAAAAGUCCCACCAAACAUGAAAUGCCAGCUGGUUUAGCUGUACCUUGAAUUCAUUGUAAAGAAAGCAUACUUUUUUCCAAAGUGACAGUGUUCUAGGUAUUCUUAUACCAAAGGGAAAUGUUCAAAUUGUCCAGAGUUUUCCAUGUUUGGGCAAUUGAAAGAUGAGCAGCAAACAAAAGACGUGUUAGAAGAUCUUGCAGUCAUCAGAAAUUGAAAGAAGGAACAACUGUGGAAAUAUGAAGGCCCAGGAAAAAAACAGAAAAAUUUAGGGGGGAAAUUGAUUUUUUCCAUUUUUGUCCAAAGCCGUUUUUGUUUUCUGAAAAAUUGGAAAAAAAUAAAAAAAUGAAGAAAAA